CCGGGCCGGGGCGGGGCCGCGAGCGGCAUGGAGGAGGCGGAGGCCGCGGAGCGCCGGGCCGAACAGUGCGGGCCCGAGCGGGGCCCGAGCGGGGCCCGGGCCCCCUGAGCCAUUCCUGAAGGCAUGGGUUGGCCAGGACAGUGGUGACCCCCCAAUCCGGCAUGGACGACUGGAAGCCCAGCCCCCUCAUCAAGCCCUUUGGGGCUCGGAAAAAGCGGAGCUGGUAUCUUACCUGGAAGUAUAAACUGACCAACCAGCGGGCCCUGCGGAGAUUCUGUCAGACAGGAGCUGUGCUUUUCCUACUGGUGACCGUCAUUGUCAACAUCAAGUUGAUCCUGGACACGCGGAGAGCAAUCAGCGAGGCCAAUGAAGACCCGGAGCCAGAAAAAGACUAUGAUGAGGCCCUGGGCCGACUGGAGUCCCCACGGCGCAGAGGCAGUGGUCCCCGACGGGUCCUGGAUGUGGAGGUAUACUCAAGCCGCAGCAAAGUGUACGUAGCAGUGGACGGCACUACGGUGCUGGAGGAUGAGGCCCGGGAGCAGGGCCGGGGCAUCCAUGUCAUCGUCCUCAACCAGGCCACGGGCCAUGUGAUGGCAAAGCGGGUGUUUGACACGUACUCGCCUCAUGAGGAUGAGGCCAUGGUGCUGUUCCUCAACAUGGUGGCACCUGGCCGAGUGCUCAUCUGCACCGUCAAGGAUGAGGGCUCCUUCCACCUCAAGGACACAGCCAAGGCUCUGCUGAGGAGCCUAGGCAGCCAGGCCGGCCCUGCCCUGGGCUGGAGGGACACCUGGGCCUUCGUGGGACGAAAAGGAGGUCCUGUCCUCGGGGAGAAACAUUCUAAGUCACCUGCCCUCUCCUCCUGGGGGGAUCCAGUCCUACUGAAGACAGAUGUGCCGCUGAGCUCAGCUGAAGAAGCAGAGUGCCACUGGGCAGACACAGAGCUGAACCGUCGCCGCCACCGCUUCUGCGGUAAAGUCGAGGGCUAUGGGAGUGUGUGCAGCUGCAAGGACCCCACACCCAUCGAGUUCAGCCCUGACCCACUCCCAGACAACAAGGUCUUCAAUGUGCCUGUGGCUGUCAUUGCGGGGAACCGGCCCAAUUACCUGUACCGGAUGCUGCGCUCUCUACUCUCAGCCCAGGGGGUGUCUCCCCAGAUGAUAACAGUUUUCAUCGACGGCUACUAUGAGGAGCCGAUGGAUGUGGUGGCGCUGUUUGGUCUGAGGGGCAUCCAGCACACUCCCAUCAGCAUCAAGAACGCCCGUGUGUCUCAGCACUACAAGGCCAGCCUCACUGCCACUUUCAACCUGUUUCCGGAAGCCAAGUUUGCUGUGGUUCUGGAGGAGGACCUGGACAUCGCUGUGGAUUUUUUCAGUUUCCUGAGCCAAUCCAUCCACCUGCUGGAGGAGGACGACAGCCUGUACUGUAUCUCUGCCUGGAAUGACCAGGGGUAUGAACACACAGCUGAGGACCCAGCACUGCUGUACCGCGUGGAGACCAUGCCUGGGCUGGGCUGGGUGCUCAGGAAGUCCUUGUACAAGGAGGAGCUUGAGCCCAAGUGGCCCACACCGGAAAAGCUCUGGGACUGGGAUAUGUGGAUGCGGAUGCCGGAACAACGCCGAGGCCGAGAGUGCAUCAUCCCUGACAUUUCCCGAUCCUACCACUUUGGCAUCGUUGGCCUCAACAUGAAUGGCUACUUCCAUGAGGCCUACUUCAAGAAGCACAAGUUCAACACGGUUCCAGGUGUCCAGCUGAGGAACGUGGACAGUCUGAAGAAAGAAGCGUAUGAAGUGGAAGUUCACAGGCUGCUCAGUGAAGCUGAGGUUCUGGACCACAGCAAGAACCCUUGUGAAGACUCUUUCCUGCCAGACACGGAGGGCCACACCUAUGUGGCCUUUAUCCGAAUGGAGAAGGAUGAUGACUUCACCACCUGGACCCAGCUUGCCAAGUGCCUCCAUAUCUGGGACCUGGAUGUACGUGGCAACCACCGGGGCCUGUGGAGAUUGUUUCGGAAGAGGAACCACUUUUUGGUGGUGGGGGUCCCAGCCUCCCCCUACUCAAUGAAGAAGCCACCAUCAAUCACCCCAAUUUUCUUGGAGCCACCCCCAAAGGAGGAGGGAGCCCCAGGAGCUGCAGAACAGACAUGAGACCUCCUCCAGGACCCUGCAGGGCUGGGUACUGUGUACCCCCAGGCAGGCUAGCCCUUCACCCAAUCCUGUAGGAUUUUGUAGACACUCUCAGGGGCUGGGGCUGGUUUGUUUUUAACAUGAGACUUAAUUACUAACUCCCAGGGGAGGGUUCCCCUGCUCCAACAUCCCUGUUCCUGAGUUGGAGGUCUAUUUAUUUACUUCCUUGUCGGGCAAGGGCAGGAUAGUACCUGGGAAUCUUUGGGAUCCCUGGGCAGCUGAUCCUGCCCUUUGUAUACUCCCUCCUCCCAGGCCUGGCUCAGAAUCUAACCUAUUUAUUGACUGUCCUGAGGGCCUUGGAAACCGGCGGAAGCCUGUAGGGCCUUGAUUUUUUUUUUGGACUGGAGUGCUGCCCUGAGGGUGGGGCAGGCUCUUACUCAGGAAACUGCUGUGCCCAACCCAUGGACAGGCCCAGCAGGGGCCCACCUGCUGAUGCAGACUCACUCAGAGACCCUCAGACACUGAACCAGGCCCCUUUCAGCCUCCUCUUUGUCCAGAUUUCCAAAGCUGGAUGAGGUGGUCAUUGAUUAAAAAAGGAGAAAAGCUCUGGG